AUGGGAUUGGUUUCCACAGCAGCUGAGGCUGCAAUAGGAUGGGUGGUGCAAAGCAUACUCGGGAGUUUCUUCACAGGACAGAUGCAAGUGUGGACUCGUGAAGUUGGGCUCGACAAACAAGUGGAGGAGCUUGAGACUGAGAUGAGAAACAUGCAGAUGGUGCUCGCAGAGGCUGAGGGAACCAAGAUUGAUAAUAGGCCACUGUCCGAGUCACUGGAUGAGAUAAAGGAGCUGAUUUACGAUGCUGAGGACGUGAUGGACGAGCUUGAUUACUACCGGCUCCAGAGCAUUUCUUUUGUAUUUGGCUAUGCAACUAAGAGGAAAGGUUCUAGUGCUGCUGCUUGUACUAACCCUGAGGAAAGCUCUGCAUCUUCAUCCACUCCAUCUUACAUUCAACAAAUAAGCAACAGGAUGAAUCAAAAUAUUAGUUGGGUUAUGGAUGGCAAAAAAAGGAAAAGAGAGGAAGAGGAGGAGCCAACUCAUAGCGUCAUGCUGCCUCCUGAGGUUAAACAUGGCAUUUCUGAGAGGAUCAAUGGAAUAGUGAAUCAUUUACGCAUUAGGGGCAAUCCUGUACAGGGGGUUCUUCAGCUAGAGAUUUUACGGCAAAUUGCUUUGCCAAAGCAGAGUCAGAACGGACCCAGGAAAUCACGCCUGACAAUUUCUCUUAUGACUGAACACAAGGUUUACGGGAGGGAUGCAGAGAGGGACAACAUAAUAGAGUUGUUAACGAAGGGGAAAUCUAGUGAUCUAGAUGUUGUGCCAUUAGUUGGCGUUGGUGGAGUUGGAAAAACGACGCUUGCUAGAUUUGUAUACAACAAUAAUAGAAUUGAAAACCAUUUUGAUUUGCGAAUGUGGGUUUGUGUAUCUGACAAUUUCAAUGAAAAGAGCCUAACCUGUGAAAUGUUAGACCAUGUGUGUAAAGAUAGACAAGAGUACGGAAAUAUUAGCAAUUUUGAUGCAUUGCAGAAGAUCCUUUUGGAGAAAAUUAGACACAAAAGAUUUCUGCUAGUAUUGGAUGAUAUGUGGGAAGAUAGGGACAGGAAAGGAUGGGAAAAUCUGUUAGCUCCAUUGAAAUGUAAUGAAGCAACCGGCUGCAUGAUUUUAGUGACAACCCGAAGGACAUCAGUUGCAAGAAUGACUGGAACAAUGAGUAAGAUAGACGUGAAUGGUUUGGAUGAAACAGAGUUUUGGUCACUCUUCAAGGCAUGGGCGUUUUUAGGUAAUGAGAACCAGGAGCGUGAUCCAACUUUGCGAUCCAUUGGGCAACAUAUUGCUGAAGCAUUAAAGGGCAACCCACUGGCUGCUCGGAGUGUUGGUGCACUGUUAAACUGGAAUGUUAGCUUUGAGCACUGGAGGAAAAUUCAGUACAAAUGGAGAUCUAUUCUGGAACAGGAUGAUGAUAUUCUAGCCAUAUUGAAGCUCAGUUAUGAAUUUCUGCCAGUCCACUUGCAGUCAACAUAUGGAUAUCUAGACAUUGUAAAUACUUCUAUUCCUCAAGCUUUGACAAAAUUUUAUCACCUUCAAGUGUUGGAUGGUGAUAGUACAGGCAAUCUUGUAGUACCUAUUGGAAUGAAUGAUCUCAUUAAUUUACGGCAUCUUAUUGAUCAUGAAGAAGUGCACUCAGCAAUUGCUAGUGUCGGCAGCCUGACCUCUCUCCAGGAACUAACAUUCAACGUUCAAGCCGCUGGUAAUUUUAGUAUCGGACAACUUAGUUCCAUGAAUGAGCUUGUGACACUUCGAAUCUGCCAACUUGAAAAUGUGAAAUCUGAAGAAGAGGCCAAGAGUGCAAGAUUUAUAGAUAAAGAGCAUCUUGAAGCGUUAUCAUUCACAUGGAAUGAUCUUAGCAUGACCUCUGAACCUACUGCAGAGAAAACAACAGAUGAUGUACUUGAGGGUCUUGAGCCACACCAUAACCUCAAACACCUACAGUUGACUCGAUACAGUGGUGCUACAUCACCAACCUGGCUUGCUAGUACAGUUACAUCACUGCAGGGACUUCAUCUAUAUAACUGCAGAGAAUGGCGAGUCGUUCGAUCUCUUGAAAAGCUUCCACUACUUCAGAAGCUGAAGUUGGUCAGGAUGUGGAACUUGAUGGAAGUAUCAAUUCCUUCUUAUUUGGAAGAAUUGGUCUUAGUUGAUAUGCCAAAAUUGAAAAAAUGUGUUGGGACUUACGGUCAAGAUUUGACUUCUGGUCUAAGGGAAUUGAUGGUGAAGGAUUGUCCUCAACUAAAGGAGUUCACGCUUUUCCAUAGCAACCUUUUUCACUCCCAGCAGAAAUCAUGGUUUCCGUCUCUCAACAAACUCACUAUCAGUCAUUGUCAACAUAUAAUAGCAUGGAAAAUCCUUCCACUGGAGGAAAUGGGAGCACUCAAGGAGUUGGAAUUAAUAGAUGUGCCUGUUGUUGAAGAAUUGUCAGUUCCUUCUCUGGAGAAGUUGGUGUUGAUUCAAAUGCCAAGCCUGCAAAGUUGCAAUGGGAUAACAGCUUCUCCACCUCUACAGUUCUCGAAUUCCCAAGUGGAUCAGACGGAAUGGAUAAAAUUCCUGCUAAUAAGUCAAUCUACAGGAGAAGCAACCAGCAGUUUGGCUUCAGCAGAGACAACCUCAGCCAGGGAUGGUCAGCUUCUGAAAAUGCCAUGUAAUCUCCUCCGUUCUCUUAAGCGGUUAUGUAUUUAUGAUUGUCCGGACCUGGAGUUUUGUGGAGGCAAUGGAGGCUUCGGAGGAUAUACAUCUCUUGUGGAGCUACAGAUAUAUGGCUGCCCAAAGCUUCUCUCGUCUCCGGCGAAUGAAAUGGACAUAAGUUUGCUCCCAACGUCAAUUCAGGAGCUCUGGAUAGGAGACUUGCCGUCCUUUUUCUCCCCUGAAGGCUUGUCCUUCCUCAAAAGGUUGUGGCUAAGUAGCAGCCAAGAUUUGAAGUCUCUGCAGCUGCAUUCCUGUACAGCCUUGGAGGAUUUGAAUAUCUGGGGCCGUCAACAGUUGGGUGUAUUGGAAGGCCUGCAGGGUCUCAGCCUCCUUCGAAGAUUGAACAUCGAGAUGAACCCUGAGCUGUUUGCCGCGUGGGCUCUCAAACUGCAGGAGCAAGAACAAAGCGGCAAUCAGGUUGGACUGUUUCCUCCGUCACUCAUAGAACUUGAGAUCAGUAAUCUUGAGGGCAGCAUCCAUCCUUGCUUUUUCUCCUGCCUACAUUCUCUCACGAGAUUAGAGCUAGGGGAUAGUCCAGAGCUGGUGACUCUACAGCUGGGAUACUGCACGGCAUUGGAAAGUCUAACGAUUUACGACUGUAAGUCGCUUGCCUCAAUCGAGGGCUUGCAGUCCAUUAGAAACCUUAGGCGCUUGACAACACGUGACUCCCCUGGUGUAACUCCAUGUCUACAGCUUGUGUCGCAGCAGGAAGGGGCCUCUGGGAUCUGGUCUCGACUGGAAGUUCUAUGUACUGAUGGUGCCUCUGUCCUUACCACGUCACUAUGCAAACAUCUCACAUCUCUGCAAUCCCUUGUGUUUUGGUCGCGAUUUAAUGAUGAUGAGCCCAUGGUGAGUCUCACAGAGGAACAGGAGAGAGCCCUCCAACUUCUCACCUCCCUCCAACAACUUGAAUUUUCCAACCACCAUUAUCUUGAGUCACUUCCUGCAAAUCUACGAAGCCUCGACUCCCUCGAGGCGUUGCAUAUCAAUGGGUGCCGGAGCAUUCGAAGGCUACCAGAGAUGGGCCUCCCGCCCUUGCUCACAUGCCUUAAUUUAAUUGGCUGCAGCAAGGAGCUAUGUUUGCAAGGAAAAAUGGCACAAACGGAGAAGCUCAUGGUCUACACUGCCUGA